AUGCCAAAAGCUUUAUGUAUCGGUGAACUUCUUAUUGAUUUUGUAUCCACAACACCUGAUGUGACGCUCGCCGAAGCCCCAGGAUUUGUCAAAGCCCCAGGGGGUGCGCCUGCUAACGUUGCCGUCGGCUUAGCGAAACUCGGCAUGGAUGCCGGGUUUAUCGGUAAAGUCGGUGCCGAUGCGUUCGGCGAUUUCCUUCGCGAAACGCUCCAACAGAACGGUGUCGAUACCGACUAUCUCAUCGCAGGUGAAGGGUCCCGAACGACCUUAGCCUUCGUCGCCACCCGCUCUGACGGUAUGAAGGACAUUACCUUCUAUCGACACCCAGGUGCCGACAUCCAACUCUCUCGAGACGAAAUCAAUACCGACUACGUCCAAUCGGCGGAACUGUUCCACUACGGCUCUGUCAGCCUCAGCCAUUCACCGAGUCGAGAGGCGACGCUCCAUGCAAUUCAGUCUGCAAAAGCGGUGGGUGCGAUGCUCUCCUACGAUCCGAAUUUGCGGCUGAUGCUCUGGGAUAACGCGAAGGAUGCCAAGCACUGGAUAUGGGAAGUGAUGCCUUACGCAGAUGUCGUCAAGAUAUCAGAGGAGGAAUGGGAAUUUGUCACAGGCGAUGCAGGCUUGGAGCAGGGGAUUGACCGCAUUCUUGGACUCGGUGUGAAACUGCUCGUUGUAACUUUAGGGGAGCGCGGUUGCUAUUACACGAACGGCAUCACUGAUGGUUUUGUUGAUGGUUUUAUAGUUGACGUAGUGGAUACACUCGGUGCAGGGGACGCCUUCGUCGCUGCGAUGCUCAUCCAGUUGAUACAGCACGUCGACCUUUUAUCACUUAAAAAAGUUCAACUUGAUGCUAUCAUGCGAUAUGCGAACGCAGCAGGAGCAUUAGCGACUCAGAAGGUUGGCGUAAUUCCGGCACUGCCGACCCAUUCUGAGAUUGAAAGUUUCUUGUAA